GCCCUGCAUCCGUGCAGUACCACAACAAUAUACUUGUUCUCCAAUACCAGUCAGACUCUCAACGCACAGAAGACAACAUGAAAUCUUUCAUCGCCAUUUGCAUCUGCAUCGUCGUCGCUACUCAAGCUCAUAGCUUGACCAAAGAGGAACUGGAGAAGGUGAAAACGUACAAAACUGAUUGCGCAAAGGAUUCGGGCGUUUCUGCGAAAGUGGCAGAGGACACCAACAAAGGCGUAUUCCCGGCCGACCCAAAACUCAAGGAGUUUCUGUUCUGCCUUUCGAAGAAAGUUGGUUAUUUGAAUGACACCGGCGAUUUUCAAUUGACCACCAUCAACGAUAAGGUCACUGCGAACCAUGGACAGGAGACUGCACGCGAUGUAGUCGCUCCUUGCACACAGAAGAAGGGAUCUUCAGGACAAGAGACUAGCUUGGCCCUGGCCAAAUGCUUCUACGAGAAGUCCAAACAGCACAUCGCAUUGGCAUAAUAAAUUAUAAGCAACAGCUGUAUCCAAAAAAAUAAAUGUGUUAGAAGAGAAAAUAUGCAUGUUAUAGUAGGAAAUAGAAAUGUAGUAAAA